UGAUUAGAUGGUCACUUUUAUUCUGGCGGUCAUUGAUGUUACAUAUUUUUUAAACAUUUAAAAGAGAUUCGUACUACUUUAACAUGAAGUCGAUAUGUAGUGCAAUAUUAUUUAUAAUAUGGUCGAUAAACACUUGUAAUUCGUCUAUAUUUGAAAGUGAUUCCUGUUAUUCCUUUGGAAGUGGCAAUGUUUUCCCCGGCGGUGCUAGGAAAAUCGAUCAUAAAUUGCAAUUUACUAAAGCAAUGAUAUCCAAACCGGCGCCCGAGUGGGAGGCAACUGCAGUUGUAAAUGGGGAGAUCACACAGCUAUCCUUAUCUAGUUUUAAAGGAAAAUAUUUAGUAUUUUUCUUCUAUCCAUUGGAUUUUACAUUUGUUUGUCCAACUGAAAUCUUAGCAUUUUCGGAAAGGAUUGAAGAAUUUAAGAAAAUUAAUACAGAAGUAGUGGCAUGCUCUGUUGAUUCACACUUUACACAUUUAGCAUGGAUAAAUACACCACGCAAAGAAGGUGGUCUUGGAAAGGUAAAUAUCCCUCUGUUGAGUGAUUUAACACAUUCUAUAGCUAAAGACUAUGGGGUGUACUUAGAAGAUGUGGGCCACACUCUCAGAGGGUUGUUUAUCAUUGAUGACAAAGGUAUACUGAGACAGAUCACCAUGAAUGAUCUGCCUGUAGGCCGGUCAGUAGAUGAGACCUUACGAUUAGUUCAAGCAUUCCAGUAUACAGAUAAACAUGGUGAAGUUUGCCCAGCUGGAUGGAAACCAGGCCAAGAUACUAUUAUCCCUAACCCAGCUGAAAAGAAAAAAUAUUUUGAGAAGGUGGCAAAAAAUUAGCAUGUUCUUAUUAAUUUUAUUUUGCCACAUUCAUGUCACAAAAUCUUGUUCAUUAUCAUAACAUUGUAACAGAUUUUAAUUAAAGCCAGUGUUUUAAAAUUAAUAU